CCUGCGCAGAAGACUCUAGACGCUGUGAGGCAAGAGGCACUUGGGAUCGUCCGCAGAAUUGGGACUGCUACAGAGGCCGCCACGGAGCCCGCCGGAGCUACCGUUCCUACUGCUGCCGCCGCCGCUGCCCGAAUCGGAACCAUCGGGCCGCAGCCGCCGGCAAUGCCACGAAGGAAGAGGAAUGCAGGCAGUAGUUCAGAUGGAACCGAAGAUUCCGAUUUUUCUACAGAUCUUGAGCACACAGACAGUUCAGAGAGCGAUGGUACUUCCCGACGAUCUGCCAGAAUCACCCGCUCCUCAGCCAGGCUGAGCCAGAGUUCUCAAGAUUCCAGCCCUGUUCGAAAUUUGCAGUCUUUUGGCACUGAGGAGCCCACCUAUUCUACCAGGAGAGUGACCCGUAGUCAGCAGCAGCCCACCCCGGUGACUCCGAAAAAGUAUCCCCUUCGGCAGACUCGUUCGUCUGGCUCAGAAACUGAGCAAGUGGUUGAUUUUUCAGAUAGAGAAACUAAAAACACAGCUGAUCAUGAUGAAUCUCCUCCUCGAACUCCAACUGGAAAUGCCCCUUCUUCUGAAUCUGACAUAGACAUCUCCAGCCCCAACGUGUCUCACGAUGAGAGCAUUGCCAAGGACAUGUCCCUGAAGGACUCAGGCAGCGAUCUCUCUCAUCGCCCCAAGCGCCGGCGCUUCCAUGAAAGCUACAAUUUCAAUAUGAAGUGUCCUACACCAGGCUGUAACUCUCUAGGACACCUUACUGGAAAACAUGAGAGACAUUUCUCCAUCUCAGGAUGCCCGCUCUAUCAUAACCUCUCAGCUGACGAAUGCAAGGUGAGAGCACAGAGCCGGGAUAAGCAGAUAGAAGAGAGGAUGCUGUCCCACAGGCAAGAUGACAACAACAGGCAUGCAACCAGGCACCAGGCACCAACCGAGAGGCAACUACGAUAUAAGGAAAAGGUGGCUGAACUCAGGAAGAAAAGAAAUUCUGGGCUGAGUAAAGAACAGAAAGAGAAAUACAUGGAACACAGACAGACCUAUGGGAAUACUCGGGAGCCUCUCUUGGAAAACCUGACAAGCGAGUACGACUUGGAUCUUUUCCGAAGAGCACAAGCCCGGGCUUCAGAGGAUUUGGAGAAGUUAAGGCUUCAAGGCCAGAUCACAGAGGGGAGCAACAUGAUUAAAACAAUUGCUUUUGGCCGCUAUGAGCUUGACACUUGGUACCAUUCUCCAUAUCCUGAAGAAUAUGCACGACUGGGACGUCUCUACAUGUGUGAAUUCUGUUUAAAAUACAUGAAAAGCCAAACAAUUCUUCGCCGACACAUGGCCAAGUGCGUAUGGAAACACCCACCUGGUGACGAGAUAUAUCGCAAAGGCUCGAUUUCCGUGUUUGAAGUGGAUGGCAAGAAAAACAAGAUCUACUGCCAAAACCUAUGCCUGUUGGCCAAGCUUUUUCUGGACCACAAGACAUUAUAUUAUGAUGUGGAGCCCUUCCUGUUCUAUGUUAUGACAGAAGCAGACAACACUGGCUGUCACCUGAUUGGAUAUUUUUCCAAGGAAAAGAAUUCAUUCCUCAACUACAACGUGUCCUGUAUUCUUACCAUGCCUCAGUACAUGAGGCAGGGCUAUGGCAAGAUGCUCAUUGAUUUCAGUUAUUUGCUUUCCAAAGUGGAAGAAAAGGUUGGCUCCCCAGAACGUCCCCUCUCAGAUCUGGGGCUCAUAAGCUACCGCAGUUACUGGAAAGAAGUGCUUCUCCGUUACCUGCAUAAUUUUCAAGGCAAAGAGAUUUCUAUCAAAGAAAUAAGCCAGGAGACAGCUGUGAAUCCUGUGGACAUUGUCAGUACUCUGCAAGCCCUUCAGAUGCUCAAGUAUUGGAAAGGAAAACAUCUUGUUUUAAAGAGACAGGACCUGAUUGAUGAGUGGAUAGCCAAAGAGGCCAAAAGGUCCAACUCCAAUAAAACCAUGGAUCCGAGCUGUUUAAAAUGGACCCCUCCCAAGGGCACUUAAAGUGACCUGUUGCUCCGAGCCAGCGAACCCCAGCAGUAGGAAUCCGUACCCUAGGGAUCUGUCAUUUCUGUUGCUCUUGUGAUUGGCAAGUGCAGUAUCCUUUGGGAAGGCCAUCCCCCUCAGGACUGUCCUGGCUCCGACCUUUGUGUACACUGCAGACGCUGGUUCUGAGGAACUGUUGUUUCGGCCUCAGUGAGGUUGCCUGGAUGGGAUCUGUAUUAGACUUGAGUGCAGACCCCUCAUAGCACUGACCCAAGGAGUUCUGUUAUGGUACUGUACCUGUCCAGUCACUGGUUCUCUCCUCACGUCCUCUAGCCCCAUGAGGUUGUGUUGUUGUGUCUUCUAAACUGUUGUAAUUGUGCUUCUUGCCUCCCGGUCACCAGACCUCUGAAUAUGGGUUGCCACCACCUGGACCUUUCCAGUUACUCCUCACACAUGGGUUUUGUGGAGGGGCAGGGAAGAGGUAGCACUUCUAAGUGUGUGCGCGCUGGGAGGGGGUCAGUUCACUUUGGAUUUUAUUUUGCUUUAGUUUUUUUUUUUUUUUUUUUACACCCUCCAGAUUAAUUGAAAGGCUUGUUUUUGAUCAGUAUAUCAGGCUGACCAGCGCCAAAGAGUUUCCCAGGGAUUAGUCUUGGUAACAGCCCAUAAUCUCAUGAAUGAGAUGGAGAGAAGAAUUAAGAGGUGGUGAUUCUGUAUUUUGAUUUGAGUCCACCUGUGGGCAGUGGAAUGGAUACUUCUGUCUUUUUGGCUCAUCAGAAAGUACCCAGUAGUAAAUGUUUUCUUCUCUCUUUACUCCCUGUCCCUUUUUACCUUUGCAGAUGCCAAAAUAAUUUCCAGUUCUCUUUCAUGUUACAUGUUAGCUGGCUAAUUGAUGAUGCUGCAGAAACCUUUUCACCAGUACUAGUCUGAUAAAUCUCUCCUGUACUUCCACAUACAUUGCGUUGACUUUGUUCAGUCGUCCUCAGAGAGGUAGAAAGUAAUUGAAAAUCACGUCCAUAUCUCAGCCCAUGACUCAGCAAGGCAGAACGGCCGCCCUUGCCAAGGUUUGCUUCUCUUUACAACAGUGCCUCACCCUCCCUCGAGGACUAAAAGUGCUUCUCUCCCUCCCAAGAAUUCCUCCUCCAUUUCCUUUUUGGGCUUUGUCACCAUCCCCCUAUUCUCUGGUCUCCUAUUUUUGGCGUUGUUCAAGUGAAGGAAGAGAUGUUCCCUCUAAUUUUUCUCUAGCCCGUUAUAACCUGCUAUCUUGGGGCAGCUUUUGAUGUAUGACAUGUCACCCUUCCCAACUUGGUCUCUGACAACACUGCUGUCUUCAUGUGGAGCCCUCACCACAAUCUGGUCAUUUGUGCCUUUCUCUUGUCAUCUCUGUACACUACUUAUAUUCACUGUGGGUUUGGGGGGGUGCUAAUUUUAAGCAUGUUCAGUGGCAGCUCCCCUCCAGUUUCAGUGUCACUGUUAAAUUUAUCCAAAAGCAACUUCACUAGGGGUUUUCUUAAGGGGUAAAGGCCUUUUACAGAAGCUAAAACCCUUCCCCACAUGUGGUAGAAUGUGCUGUUCUAUAUCUACUUCUCAAUAAAGCAUGUUCUCUGCU